AUAAGAAAGUGUUGUAUAACUUUAGAAACAAUGGGAAUACUGUAGGCACUCUGGAUUACCUCAGACAAGCCUGGCUAUCACCCGGGCUGUGCACGUCUUAGUCCUCCUCAUGGCCCAUGAGGACCUGAUGUGUGGCAGUACUCAGUAAAUGUUUAUCAGAUUAACAGUGUGAGUCAAGUCUGACCUCCUCAUCUUACUGAAGAGGAGGCCAGAGUGUGACUCGGUGCUCAGUACCUACCUGGCAGAGUUGAGGCCUGAGUUCAGUCACUGGGACCAAAGCCUAAGCCUUUGAAUUUGAGAGGAUAUUGAUUUCCAAAAAAGGAGUUGCCUCGCCUGGGUUUUCAGCUGAGUAAUUUAGUGGCCCAUGGGCUGAGAGCUGUUCCUGUUACUUCCCAAAUCUGGUACUUUCUAGUGUGGCCAUCUCUAAAAGAGGAGAGGAAGCUCAGGAGUGUCCUCGCUCGCCCAGAAAGAGCACUGGCCGGAGAGUUAGGACUUCUUCUAACUUCUUCUUUGGGCAUCAGUGCCCAUUUCUAAAAUAUAAAUUGUCAAAAUAUGUAGAAAUACAAUAAAUUUUAUAUUUUAAUUAUCAGUAUUUUUUUUAAAAAAACCUAAUUAUUGUAAUUUUCCUUCUAGAAGAUCCUUGAAUAGAUAUCAAGCAAUGACAUCAUGAUGAGGGUUUCUUAUCAUUUAUGAACUAAAAAAAAUGAGUCUCAGGAUGAAAAUAUUUUCAUUAAACUUUAAAGAGUAAAGAGUACUUUAUCUAGGGGCUGGAGAGAUGGAUCAGGUCCAGUUCUGGCACCCAGGCAGCUGCUCACAGCCGUCUAGAACCCUAGUCCAGGGGAUCUGACACCCUCUUCUGGCCUCUGCAGACACUAGGCAGGCUCAUGAUGCACAGACAAAACAUUCAUACACAUAAAGUUAAAAAGAAUACUUUAUAUAAAUACCAGUUCUUGGGUUUCAAAAUGAUUUUAUUUUUAAAGAAUCUUAGGAAAUUAUAGAAAAAUUCCAAGCCACCUGUUUGGGGUUAAAUCAGAAUUUAAUUGUUUACAGGUAGCCUCCAGUUCAUGGCUUUGGAAAUUCCUACAUGAAGGACAGAGGGGAAGUUGUUCCUCCCUGUCCCUGUCCUCAGAUUGAAGUCCAUUAGCUAAGAGAAUGGCAUCCCAACUUCACACUUUUCUCUGGCUCCAUGUCAUAGUAGAAAUGAGAAGGAAGAAAGGGCGACACAACAGUAGUGGAGGACUCCCCACAGGUAGGGCAGGUCCCCACAAGUGGGAGCAGUUACCCACGACAGAACAGCUUUACCCCAUCAGUUAAGGCUCAUGCAAGGCAGCAGCAUGUGACCACAGAGGAAAAUGGCCGGCGAGCCUGGAGGGGCUUCUGCUUUGUAUACGUGGGUUUUUCCCUACAUCUGAAGACUGUUAGAAAUUAUCUCUGGGGAAGAUAAGGUCUCCUGACUGAAGAGCAGCAUCAAAGCCCCAAUUUACUUAGUGCCACUGCUAUGUGUUACAAGUGGUUCUCCGGGGCUGGAGUAUCGGUUCACUGGUUAAAAAUCACUUGUUGCAAAGGACCUAGGUUUGAUUCCCAGCACCCAUAUGGCGGUUUGUUGCCUUCUUGGGCACCAGGCACACAUCUGGUGCACAGAUGUACAUGCAGGCAAAAUAGUUAUACACAUAAUAAAAAUAAAUCUUUGUUUGAUUUUGCUUGUUUGGUUUUUGAGACAGGGUUUCUCUGUGUAGCCCUGGCUGUCCUGGAACUCGCUGUUUAGACCAGGCUGGCCUCGAACUCACAGAGAUCUGCCUGUCUCUGCCUCCUGGGUGCUGGGAUUAAAGAGGUGUACCACACUUCCCUGCAUAAUAAAAUAAAUCUUAGAGGGAGGAAGGGGGAGGGGAGAGAGGGGGGAGGGAUGGUACUUUACAGCUGAUAUGGUAGCUUAUGCCUGUAAUCCGAGACCUCAGGAGGCUGAGGCAAAUGGAUUGUGGCCAGACUUCAACAUAGUGAGUUCCAGACCAACUUGGGAUACAGGGUGAGACCCUAUCUCAAAAUAAUCAGAACAUAGGGACUGGAAGAUGACUCAGUGAUUAAGAGCAUUGGCUGCUCUUUCAGAGGACCUAGGAUCAAUUCCCAAAAUAUCCAUACACAUAAAAUAAAAAUAAGUAAACCUUUAAAACAAAACAGUAAUGUAACAUGAAUCUUAAAAGGUCUUAUUAAUAGAAACAAACCUGGAGCCAGGUAUUGGGGUGUACACUGAAAGAUCAGAGAAACAGAACAAGCCACAACUAACCUCAUCUCGCCAACUUCUCAGCUGAUCUUGUUUCCUCAAACUGGAAACCUCUGUGUCCUCAUCCAAAUGGAUCUCAGCUGAACUGCUGCUAGAAGCCUAAAAGCUUAACAUGCUCUAGUUCCCGGUCCUCACGCCUUAUAAACCUUUCUGCUUUCUGCUAUCACUUCCUGGGAUUAAAAGCGUGUGUCACCAUGCCUGACUGUUUCCAGUGUGGCUUUGAACUCACAGAGUUCCAGAUGGAUCUCUGCCUCCCAAGUGGAUAGGAUUAAAGGCAAUUCCCUUGUCCUCCAAACUCACCAAAGACCGUGUGCACUGUCCUUGGAAUUGAGUGUACUCAUGGUGCUGUUUUUGUUGCUGGCAGAUACAAUAAAUACUCCAGGAAUCUACCACAAACUCCUUGGAUAAUUGAUGGAGAAAGGAAAAUGGAAUCUUCGGUAGAAGAAUUAAUUUCAGAUCAUCUCUUGGCAGUAUUCAAAGCAGAGAGUUUUAAUUUCUCAUCCUCUGGAAGAGAAGAUGUAGAUGUGAGAACUUUAGGAAAUGGAAGGCCCUUCGCAGUGGAGCUGCUCAACCCUCAUAGAGUGCAUUUCACUUCACAAGAAGUCAGGGAGCUCCAGCAGAAGAUUAAUAAGUCAUCUGACAAAAUCCAAGUACGUGACUUGCAGCUUGUCACCAGAGAGGCAAUCGGGUAUAUGAAGGAAGGUGAGGAGGGUAAGACCAAGACCUACAGUGCCUUGAUUUGGACGAAUAAAGUCAUACAGAAGAAAGACAUUGGAUUCCUAAAUGACCUAAAGGACUUAAAGAUUGACCAGAAAACACCUCUCCGGGUCCUUCACCGAAGGCCUUUGGCCGUGAGAACUCGGGCCAUUCACUCUAUGGAGACACGCUACCUGGACGAGCAUCAUUUUCGUCUGUAUUUGAAGACCCAAGCUGGAACCUACAUUAAAGAAUUUGUACACGGAGACUUUGGGAGAACCAGGCCGAAUAUUGGCUCUCUGAUGAACGUGACCGCAGACAUUCUUGAGCUAGAUGUGGAGUCUGUAGAUGUUGACUGGCCACCUGCUUUGGAUGACUAGCUCUCACAUGUCACACAAAGGGUUUUCCUGACAUGAUGUGGACAUACAGGCGGCGUAUCCUGGAAAAUGACUUACCCACCACAACGGUGUCUUUAAAACGACUUGGAUCAUGUUGAUCUGUUUCUAAAGUUCACUGUAACAUCUCAGGAUUCAUAUGUAUGCAUAGCUUGUGUUCUCUUGUUCUGAGUAUGUCUGAUGUUUUCUCAUCCCCUGUUUCAUGACCAUGAAGCCAAACUAGGAAUCUAACCCUUUUCCUUUUUAAUUCUGUCACUUAGAGAAGUGUGCAGUGGGAACACUGUUAAAAGGAGCUGUGACUUCUUCCAGCGAAUUUCCUACAGGAGACACAGUACCUUUGAAGGAAUCUGCUAAAGUUUUCAGAUCAUCUGAAUAAACGCUACAACUAGACUCUUGUAGUAGAGUGUCCUAUGGUAUUCUAAUGUGUCAAGUGCACAUCUGAUAGUAAUAUUUUCCCCAGUCCCCUCAAGCUGUUAUCAGUGGAAGUACUUUAAAGUAUGAUUUGUCAAAAGUCCUAAUGACCUCAGGUUACUAUUUUGACAAUCUAAAGUUAUCAGUACUUGUCUCCUGUAGAAGGCAGUAGCAAUGCUGGAGAUGUAACUCUAGAGCCAUGGUUCUCAACCUGUGGGUCAAGACCCCCAUAAGGGUUGCAUUUCGGAUAUCCUGCAAAUCAGAUAUUUACAUUACAGUUCAUAACAGUAGCAAAUUACAGUUAUGAAGUAGCAAUGUAAUAAUUUUAUGGUUGGGGUCACCACAACUUGAGGCACUGUAUUAAAGGGUCACAGCAUUAGGGAGCAUGAGAACCACUGGCCUAGACACUUUCCUACAUCCUUUAAGUAAAGUGAAACAAGUGCCUUCAAUAACUUCUGUUCCUGGGUCACAAGUUCACAAAUUUGAGGUUGCUAAACAAAUACAAACAUAUUUUACAGUGUUUCAAUUAUUUUCUAACUUCAAACAUUUUAAUAAGGUAUAGCUAACAUAUUUCAUAAACAAGGAAAUAAAGUUAAAUGACGGCUAAGAUAUCAGUUACUCCUGUUAACCAGGUCUGGAACUGGAGUGUGUCUCCAGGCUCCUUUCUCUAAACUCUGGUCGUGAGCACCUGUUGCUCCUGUGCAUGACAGUAACCUCAAGGAUGUCAGUCAGAUGCACAAUGCCAGGAGAUUGCCUUCUGGAAUUUGGAUAGCAAAUAGCUCCCCAAGAAAUGGCUAAUGUAUGUCUUAUAUGACUUCGUAUAAUUAUUUGUAAUGAAUGGCAUGAUGAAGAAGAGAAAUCUUAAAACCUAUUGAACCAGAAGAAGAUGGAUUAAUUAUUAAAAAUUCCAGAAGGAAAGCUCAAUAAAAUUUAGAUUUAAGUGUAA